GUAGCUGAUGAGUCAGAAACUCGAAAAACAAAAAUUCGGACAGAAAAAACCACCGACGAAAAGUGUUUUUAACUCAUAACGUUUUAAUUUUCGAUUCGCAGCGCAGUGAUUCUCGGUUUUGCAGCAACAACAACAACAACAUGGAGUGGCUGUUCGGUAAGAAGAUGUCCCCGGACGAGAUGAUGCGAAAGAAUCAGCGAGCUCUGAACAAAGCGAUGCGCGACCUGGAUCGGGAGAAAAUGAAGAUGGAACAGCAGGAGAAGAAAAUUAUUGCCGAUAUCAAAAAGCUGGCCAAAGAAAAUCAGAUGGAUGCAGUUAAAAUUAUGGCCAAGGAUCUCGUUCGGACACGCCGGUACGUUCGGAAAUUCAUGCUAAUGAAGGCCAACAUUCAGGCAGUAUCGCUCAAAAUUCAGACGCUCAAGUCGCAAAAUGCCAUGGGCGAGGCAAUGAAGGGUGUCACGAAAGCUAUGACCAACAUGAACCGACAGCUAAACUUGCCCCAGAUUCAGAAAAUUUUGCACGAAUUUGAGAAGCAGUCAGAAAUCAUGGAUAUGAAAGAGGAAAUGAUUAAUGACGCUAUGGACGAUGCGAUGGAAGACGAGGGUGACGAGGAGGAAACCGAUGCCAUUGUGUCGCAAGUUCUCGACGAGCUGGGCCUGCAACUUAACGAUCAGCUGUCCGGAUUGCCACAGGCAUCCGGUUCGCUGUCGGUAGCCGCAGGCGGUAAAGUUCCUCAGGCGGCGACCGUUGGUGCUGGUGGUGCGGCGGGCGGUUCUGGAGCUGGUUCUCCCGUAUCGGAUGCAGAUGCCGACCUACAGGCUAGACUGGACAAUCUUCGAAGGGAAUAAUUGAGAGACCGGACAAGCGAGCACACAAUACUGCUUCUCAUAUGAUUUGCGGAUCAUCAAAUAUUGGCGGCUGUCUUCGAGCACUGAGUAAAAUGAUAUGAGCGUAAAACUUUUCUGUAUAAGUUUUACGAGAAAAAACAGCCACUACUGUAACCGCAAUUUAAUCUUUAUAGUUUUGUAAGCCACUUAUUCGCUUUACGUUAUGCUUGUAUGUAUUUUAAAUCAUUCGAAAGGCCUUAGCAUGUUUAAGGAAAACUACGUUUGGAAAUAAAUGAGAACUGAUA